GCCUCCCUCGCUGAGCUCUGACUGGGAAGAGUAGAGGCGGGGAGGGAAUAGUUGUAGCAGGGGCGACGCUGCAAAACCACCCCAGGGGAAUGUAGAAAUUUCGGGCUAAAAAAUCACCCACAAGGAGCCGUGUACGCGAGCCAAAAGACCCAACGCAUCGCCUGGUUUCUCAUGGAAACAGAUGGAUUUGUGAGGAGGCGUCGGAUGACCGCGGAGACUACAGGCAAUGAUCCCGGGGUUGCUGGAGCCUCUGCCGGGGCAGAAGUUCGAUGGCUGGGGGGCAGAUUCUGGGGAGUUUCGGAAAGUAUCGUGGGAAGCCUGACACCCCGGAUCGGAGGGGAGACGGAACUACAGACUGUUGAUUUUAUCCGCAAUGCACAAGAUGCACAAACAGAGGACUCUGAACCGGACUAUGAGGGUUUGCCACAGGGAGCCUCCACUAGCACCCACAUGUUGGCUGGAGCCGUGGCUGGGAUCAUGGAGCACUGCCUCAUGUUCCCUAUCGACUGUGUUAAGACACGAAUGCAGAGUCUCCAGCCAGACCCCGCGGCCCGCUACAGGAAUGUGAUGGAUGCGCUUCGCCGGAUUGUAGCCACAGAGGGAGUCUGGCGGCCAUUGAGAGGCCUGAAUGCGACAGCCGUUGGGGCGGGACCUGCCCAUGCCCUCUAUUUUGCCAGCUAUGAGAAACUCAAAAAGACUCUAAGUGAUGUCAUUCAUCCAGGGGCUAACAGUCAUUUGGCUAAUGGAACGGCUGGGUGUGUAGCCACACUGCUUCACGAUGCCGCCAUGAACCCAGCUGAAGUUGUGAAGCAACGCAUGCAGAUGUAUAACUCGCCCUACCGCGGCGUGUUGGACUGUGUACGCGCCGUGUGGCAGAAAGAGGGCCCCGGUGCGUUUUACCGCAGCUACACCACCCAGCUCACCAUGAACGUGCCCUUCCAGGCGCUCCACUUCAUGACCUACGAGUACCUUCAGGAGCUGCUCAACCCACACAGACAAUACAAUCCCUCGUCCCACAUGCUGUCCGGAGCUCUGGCUGGAGCGAUCGCAGCUGCAGCCACCACGCCUCUGGAUGUGUGCAAGACCCUGCUCAACACCCAGGAGUCUGUAACCCUCAGCUCCCUUUCCUCCGGUCAAGGCCCCAGCCAGGGCCAAGGCCAAGGAGCCCACAGACGCAUCUCAGGCCUGGCCCACGCCUUCCGGACGGUUUACAGGCUGGGCGGCCUGCCGGGCUUCUUCAAGGGAGUCCAAGCGAGGAUCAUCUACCAGAUGCCCUCCACAGCCAUCAGCUGGUCGGUCUAUGAGUUCUUCAAGUAUGGACUCACCAAGCACCAGCACAACAAGAGGAGAAAGCAACACAUGGAGGCUGAGAUGUAGAUGAUUUGAUCUCCUCUAAAUAUUGUUCUGUCCUCCGUGUGAGGCAAAAUUAAUACGCACAUAGAGUCUGACUAAAAUCCACCUCAGUUGUCCCAUCCCUUUCAGACAUAGCAGAUAAGAAAGACAUCUUCAAGCCUAGUUUGAUUAGUUUUAUUUCUGCUACACUGUUUCAAGACUAGAGUUGAGUUACGUUGUUCCUCUCUUUUAGGAGAAAACAUUUCAACAGUAUUAUAGAUAAUGGUUCAUCUUUUUUCUUUUUUGGAAGCUGUUCUAGUCACUAUGAUGUUUGUCCAAACUGAGAGCAACUGUGAAGAACUGCAAAGGUAGUCAGCAGAGGGCAGUAGUGCUGCUUUGUUAACUCCUGUAGUCUCAAAGUUUGCUCUCCUUGGACCAGAUUUUUAUUUUCACUCAUCCAAACUUUGCAAAUAAAGAUUACAAUUGACUCCUUAUCUAUAUCUCCAAACAGAUGGAUCAUUCAGUCUUUAAUCCUAAAUAUCUUUUUGGUUUUAUCCAGUUAAAAAAUAUUUCAGCCGUAUGGCAUUCAAAGACAACAGACCCUAAGUAAGAACAUUUUGUUGUCAAUCUAACACAUUAAUCCUAUCACUAUCCAGAUACCUUUGAAGAAAUUCAGUCAAAUCCAGCCAACAUGGCCACUCAGGUAGCUGAGCGCAAAAUUAAGACAAUUUUUAUGAAUUAAAUAACUGAUCUAAGUAAUGUGGAUAGUAGUCCAAAAAUAUUUGGUGAUUUCACACAUUAACAAAGGAGACCAUCAUCUAGACAGAUGUACGGCUCUUUUUUGUUUUUGCUAAAUUAAUAAAUAUAUGUUAUUUUUUUUCCUUUUCCAAAUGUCAAUGUUUAAGAUUAUUACCUGAGAUGUAAUUGGACAGAAAAAUACACUCUUGAAUAGAUCUGAGAUGUCUAAAGUGUGUUGUUAAUUUAUUUUUCAUAAUUUAGAUUCUUUAAAUAGUAUUUUAUUUCAAGCAAUUAUAUGACUUUAGUUUUUUCCCCCCUCUACUUCUGUGAUUAGGCACAGCGUACCCGUUUGGCAAAGCAGACAACGGCAAUAUGAAGAUGGCCAUUACUUUGCUUCAGCUGUAGCUGUCCGUCUGUUUUCAGCCAGUGAACUACUGAGUUUAAAUAUUUGUGCUCAACAGCAAAAGAUGAAGAAUUUUACUGAGAAUUUCAAGGAGUUGGAUAUCCCAUAAGAUGUUUCUGUACGCACACUGAGUACACUUAUAAUGGAAGCUGUCAUUCUUAUUGAUCGAUGUCUGAUUGUUUCUGACACUGAAUUGCACUCAUUGAAUAAAGACUCAGCAGCGGGGCUCUUCUCGCUGCUUGUAAAAAAAAAA